UGAGAGACAGAGAGAAGGAGGAGGGGUGUAGACAGAGAGAGAGAGAGAGAGAGAGAGAGAGAGAGAUCCCUAGCAGUCUCUCAGAUCUUGGCUGUGGUAAGGACACCCAGGAGAAGUGCAUUCCUGAGGCAGCGAGCGAGGAGAAGGCAGUAAGACAGAGCGGAGAAGUCGCGACAUCCUUUCUAUCUCUCCGCGACCACGUCAGACUGCCUCCGACCUCCGGACUCUGGACUCGCACACUCCUCUAACACACUCACCUUCGUUCACUCGCUUCCUCACACACAUACGGCCGCACAACCGGCUCUGCUGCUCCGUCAGAAGUGAAGGAUUUCCCCCGAGUGAGCAAAAGAGACAGAGAGAGUCAAAAACAGAGAGAGGAAUUAAAGACACAGAAGAGAAGGAGAAGAUCCUCUCACUUGAGUCUGUGCCAUGCAGUGUUGAGUUGAGUCGAGCCAAGCUGAAGUGAUCUGUUUUGAAGACCAUCUUACCAUUUGCCUCCCCCUGCCUGGUCCCAGAUGGAGCUCAAAGUGUGGGUGGAUGGAGUGGUGCGGGUCGUGUGCGGCCUGUCCGAGGAGACGUCCUGUCAGGAUGUGGUCAUCGCUCUGGCCCAGGCCAUUGGUCAGACAGGCCGGUAUGUUCUGAUCCAGCGUCUUAGGGAUACAGAGAGGCAGCUGUUGGCCACAGAGAAGCCUCUGGAGUCUCUGGCUAAGUUAGGCCAACAUGGCAGUGAAGUUCAGUUCUUCCUGCGCCGUACCGGCCCCAGCAGCAGUGACGGACCAAGCUCAAAACAGGACAGACCGAGCCCCUCUCCACUGCCCAAGCAUCCUGAGCCAGAGCCCUCCAAACGCAGCCAGCCUAAGAAGGCACUUACCUUUAACCUAGGGCCAUCGACAUCUCCUGGAUCCAAAGCCAAGCCGUUUAAAAGCUCUCCAAGGGACUCUCCGGAGCAAAGAGCCUCCCCCUCCCCUUCCCCCAGCACUGUUUCCCCCCGUGGGCCAUCCCCGUCUCCAUCACCAUCUAUAGGCCCAUCCAAAGAUGAGGUCUUCAGGAAGGUUCUUCAGCAACAGGAGAGAAUGAGGGCCAUGGAGGCCCAGCUAGAAACCCUAGAGAAGGAGUCACAUACCUGGGAGCGUCCCUACCCCUCUCCAUGUCCUUCACCAGUGUCUGACGCUCACUUGCAGGAAGAGAUGGACACUCUUGAGCAAGUGGUGCGGAGGAACCAGGCCGAGCUGGCCCACGAACAGUACUGGGAGGAGGAGCUUCAGGCAGAGGUGGAGAGGGAGCAAGGAAUGAGAAGGAAGCUUGGGGAGCUCCAUGCCAAGCUUGACGACUGCGGACGGCGGCUCCACGAGUUUUCUGUUCGCUCCGCUCAGCUGGAGAAAGAGAUCCAGCGGGAGAUCCAGACAGAAGGGAAAGCCAACGGACCCGAGGAAUCCCUCGAUGCCAUAAAGGCAGAGCUCCAGAGCCGGGAAAACCACAGGACAGAGCUGGAGGAGCAGCUUUCUGAGACUGACAAGGCUCUGGGGAAGGCAGAGUCUCUGAUGCAGGCCAAGCAGGAGGAGCUGGAGGAGUUAAAUAAGGAGCUGAGGCAGUGUAACCUGCAGCAGUUCAUACAACAGACAGGUGUCCUGCCAGCGCACACCCACUCACGCACAGAGCUUCAUGAGCAACUGGAGCAGUUAGAACUUGCACAUCUUCUGCAGGAUGGGUAUAGGAACGGAGGCCUCAGUGCAACUCAAAUGGAAUCGCCGCCUCGCCCCACAGCCAAACAGUUCCUAGGACAUCCACGCAACCUGCAAAACCCUCUAGUGUCCAGUCUCAACCCUGAGGUCCUGACAUCCCGAGAGUCGUCAUGGAGAUAAAACAUGGACCGCAGGGCCAAAGGAAAGUUGUUCACUGUUCUGUCACCGUCACCUCUUAUUUAACCCCUUUCUUUGUAACUCAUUAUUUAAUCGACCAUGGUAUAAAUACUGUAUAUACGUAAGACAAAUAUAUUUACAGAAUUUUGCUACUGUAAACACUGCAAAGUAUCUGUAUGAAAUGUAAAAUAAUUUAGAAACCUUUUACCUAGAGCAAUUACUAUUACUGUAUAUUUAAAUAUAAUAAAAAUGUGCAUUGUGUUUUAGAUAAUAUAUUGCUGAGUAAUUGUUUUUCUUAAUGCCCUGUUUGUGGAGUCACAUUUCUUUAUAAUCAUUCUUACAACUGCAGUAACUAGGAGUGGAAGUACAGCACAUCACGACUAACCUGCAGUAAAUGAUUAACACACCAGUGUGCACUUUCUAAAAAUGACAGUGCCAUGAAGCGCCUAUGUGACAUGCUUUAUGAAUAUGUUAUAGGCAUUGAAAUAUGCAUGCUCUCUACAUAGCCUGUGCUACAUGGAGCCUCUGAAGCAGAAUCAUUCCUGGGCUUUUUAUAUCCAGUAUUCACAGGUGGCUGAUCAAAAGUUCACAAAGUGCAUCUUUGGAUGCUGGUGGAAAUGUGGCGGACAUCCUAGUAUCGCACUCCCUCAGCUGAUAUGGAUGAUGUAACACAGUGUCUCUACAAGACAUGUGACCAUAAAGGCACUGGGGCAGAAGGUCAUUUGUGAGAGCUAUUAUUAUAUUUAAUGCACAUUGUUGAAAGUCUAUUGUGUGUUUAUACUUUUAGUAAGAAAUGGUGUCUUUUCAGCACCAAAGAACAUCUGAGGGAAAAUUCUGAACUUAAUCCCUCUGAUUCGAUGUAUGUUCUUUCUAUUUCACUUUAAAAUGCUGGCAACAAAAUAACUCAUUGUUUUGUUAUUUUCUGUAAUUUGUUAUAAGCCGACAAAUCGAACACUGGCAUGAUGAA